AUGGAAGUCGCGCUACUGCCGCCCGAGGAGAGGAUCUGGGGCUUGGAGUGGUGGGCCGGUAUAGAGAAGCUCAAGCCCGAGGAGGUCAGGGCCCCGGCGAGCGGAGACGAGGCAACCGCUGACGCUCCGGAGGUCGAGACGGAAGAGGUCGAAGGUGGGGUUGAGGACGAGGAAUCGGCGCCGCCCGAGUAUGAUCUCCGCACGGGCCGUCUGGUCGCAAGCCGGCCGAUGAAGGUGGCGGUCGGCGGCCGCCUCAAGCCGCGGGCCGACGGUCCUGCCGAGACGGACGCGGCCGGUGCCACGUUGGAUCGGCCGUCCGAGGCGCUCGUCAAGCGGCAGGCGGGCGAUCUGGCGACGAUCAACGGCGUGCUCAGCCCUGGCGCGGAAUUCCUGCGGUCGCAGCGCACGUGGCAGGGUCUCGGGACGGACCACGACCCGGCGGAGGAGAGCACGACGAUUGAGGAGGGCCGCAGUGGUGUGGCGCGGGGGUACACGGUUGGCGACGACACAUCGCGGGCAUGA